AUGGCUGACCAAAAUGGCGCAAGAGCAGGUAUUGAGGAGAUCCUGGGGUAUACCUUCCAGGACCCCACGAUUGUAUACGAAGCCGUUUCGCGAGAACGGAAUCCGCGUCUCGCCUUUCUAGGCGACAAAGUGGUAGGGUUGAUUCUGCUGGACAUUUGGUAUCGAACCGAGACGAGCUGUGCCCAGGGAUACUCCCGACUUCAAGAUUAUGCGACCAACAAGGCCAUGGCUCACCAGGCCAUCAGGCUGCACCUGGACGCAUUCGCCGCGCCAGGUCCGUCUCAGUCUCAACGUGCGACGUUGGGCACCCACGGCCUCGGAACCGAGAUUGAGGCCCUUGUCGCUGCCACCUGGAUCGAUUCUCGACGAAAUUUCGAAGUAGUGAAGAGUGUCAUGAAGAACCUGCACCUUUGUCCUGACCACGCAUGA